AUGAGUAACAAUAAUCCUCAUUUGGGAUUGUCACCAAAGAAAAAAACUGUACAAUCACUACAACAACACAUUCAUACUAAUAAUAGAAAAUCAGAUAGCAUCAUUGUUAAGAUUAACCAAGAAAGCAAUACACGCAACACAAUUUAUGAAGAUGUAGAAGAAUAUGAAGAAGGUAGUUCUACAGAUAUCACCUAUGCCUCAUCUGUUCCUAUUGUAAUCAAAAAUAACACAGGUAGAUUAAGAUUUUUUAAAACAUUACAAAAAUCACAACAACCAUUAAUCUUAGAUCCAUUGCUUGAAAGCGCUCGAAAUGACAGUAAAAAUAAGGUUAUAAUUAAGAGUAACAUGAAAAAUGAUGAUAAUAUUACAACUGAUGAUAGUAUUCCAUUAAACGUUUUACCUAUAUUAAAGAGGAAUCAACAAAUUAAAUCUGCUGUAGGCAGUAAUAGCGUUGAAAAUAGUAUUGCAGAUCUUAGAAACAAUAAUAGCUUUGGUGACAUAAAAAUAGGUGGGACAUCUACUAUUAAUAGGAUGACUAACAGAUUGAGUUACAAUAUUGAAGAAAAUAUAGUAAUAGAAGAUAGUGAUGAUGAUGUUUCGAUAGAUUUUGUUAGGAGAGGAAUUGAAAACAACGAAAAUGCAACUCAUAGCAAUGAUAAUAAAGAUACUGUAACAGUAUCUAAUGUAAAAUACCAAGCUACUAAUAAUAAUAGUGAAGUUAUAUCGGGUAAAAGCAAUAUGGUCACAACAAUUGCAACAGAAACUACUGAACAUACUAACAAGAUACAGAAAAAUGACAAUGACACUUCUAGUAGUAGCAUUGUUGAAUCACCUAUACAUAAUUUAAAUUUAAAUUUAAACGUGUCACCAUUACCAGAUAGAGACAAUGAUAAUGACGAUAGUAGUAGCACUGUUCCUGGGACAGUAAAAAAGGAGAAUACUGAUCAUGAAACUAGCAAUAAUAAUAUUAGCAUGACUAACCCAAAUACUAAUUCGAUUCAAAGGGUGAGAAGAUCUUUAACUUCAAGUAGUAUUUUAAGAAAAAGAAGACGUGCUAGUUCACAAUCUAAUCAUAAUAACAAUAAUAAUAGUAAUAACCAAAGUAAUAUCAAUGAUUCUCCAAUUAAGAAUUUUAAGAAUAAUAAUAGCUUAUCAAUGGACUAUUCUGAAAACCAGUCCCCUGGUAUUGUGCAUACACAUAAGAAAUUACAUUCUAUUCCUAGGUUAUCACCGGGUCUUAAUAUUAAUACUCGGAAUGACAAUAACUAUGAUACUAAUGAUAAUAAUAGUAGUAAUAAUAUUAGUACCAACAGUAACAGCAACAAUAAUAAAAUAUUAAAUAACUCACCAUCGGAUACUUCGUCUAUUCUAGCAACUGGUGUUCGCCGUGCACAAACUAGCAGUAUUGCCAAAAAUGAUAAUAAAAACAUCAACAAUAGUCCCAGUAGCGUAAAUAGCAGUUCCCCGUCAUCUCCAUCACCGCGCAUUAAAAUGUUAAGUCCAUUAAGAAGAAGAAGGCAUUCUCUGUAUAAUACUAAUAGUAGGAGUAUUAGCGCUACAAACAGUAAUAUAUCCCCAGCAAAAUACACCACAGAGUUAAAUAAUUUACAAAAAAGUUUUAUCAAAGAGUUAAAUAAUUAUGAAAUUUUAUUUGACGAAAAAAAUACAGAUAUUUCUAAAUUACUGGAAAAGCUUCAUAAAAAUCAAACCAAGAUUAAAGGAUUGAAUCAAUGUUUAGAUGAGGUGAGAUUUAAGUAUAGUACUUUAUCCAGUGAAUACAAGAUAAUUUGUAUGACUAGUAACUCCAAUGAAAAUUUAAUAACUACUUUAAAACUAGAAAAACUAAACAAGCUGAAGGAAGUGGAAACUUUGAAGGUAAGUAUGGCUGAUAAAGAUAUGAAGAUUGCUGAUAAGCAGAAAAUUAUUACUGACUUGGAAAAUAAAGUUGCAGAGUUGAAUGAAAAUGCUGCCAACUUGGAAAAUGAUUUAAAUAAUGAAAUAGAGAAAGUCAAAACUGAAAAUAUUAACAAAAUCGAGGAUUUAAUUAGUGACAAUGACAAAUUGAAUUCUGAAGUUAGUACUUUAAAAACGUUGCAAAAUGAGCAAGUAGAUAAAAUCACUGAAUUGAAUAAUUUGAUUGAAAAGUUAGAAUCAACAAACGAAAAACUUGAGAUAGAAAAGAAGGAGUUGCAAGAUAAAAUAAAUUUUGUGAAAGAAGAGAAAGAAAAAACUGUAACAGAAAAUGGAAAGAAUCUUAAAGAAAAAGAAGAAAGUUUAAAUAAAUUGCAAGCAGAUUUAAAGAAUUUACAAGAUUUGUACAACAUUUUGCAAGAUAAAUGCAAAAACUCAGAAACUGAGAAUUUAAAGUUGCAAGAUAUUAUUCAUAAUAACGAUGAUAAUACUACUAAUAAUGCCAAUGACAACAGUUCAGAGGUUGUCAAGCUAAAGGAAGAAAUAAGCAAAUUAGAAUCAUCUCAUUUAAAAGAAUUAGAAGAUUAUUUAUUACAAACAGAAAAUUUUCAAAAGGAUAUUAAAUUGAAAAAUGAAGAAAAUGAGAGACUAAAGUUAGAAAAUGAGAAACUAUUGCAACAACAAACCAUUAAUAGUGCAAAUGCCAUUAGUAAAGACGAUGAGGAGAUAAAUAAAUUGAAAGAACAAGUGGAAAAUUAUAAAUUGGAAGUUAAUAAACUUCAAGAAGAUAGUGGUAAGAAGCUAGAGUUAUUAGCUGAAGAUUUAUACAUUCAAUACUCAUCAAAACAUGAACAAAAAGUUAAAUUAUUAAAGAAAAAUUAUCAAAUAAGGUACCAAGAACAAAUUAAUAAAUUGGAAUUAAGUAACACUGCCUUACGAGAAGAAAUUGAAUUACUAAAGCAACAAUUGAACAAUGAAAGGAAUGAAAAACAGCAAUUGGUUAAAUUAUGGGAAAGUGAGGAGAAAAGAGGAAUAAAUAAAUGA